AUGGAGGGUGAGUCUGAGACACCAGGCUCGGUAGCCGCCAAUGGCGACGCCACCCCGACGCCUGUCCCGCUAGCUGCUUCGUCUGUGAACUACACAGAAAGCCCCGCAGUGAAGCAGCUGGCUGCAAUCAAUCAGAAGGGUGGUAAACUCAAGAGCAAGACCUCGAGGCUCCGUCGGGCAUUUUCUUUUGGUAGUGCCGCCGAGCUUAGAAACGCCGGGGUCACGCAGAGCAGCGAUAAUGUGGCUGGCCAGACACCAAGUAAACUGCACAAGGAACCUACACCCGAGGAGCUCUACGAUGCAGAGCAGGCUCGUAUCGCCCAACAGCAGGAGGCUGCUGGCAUUGGCAACAGCAUCUAUGGCGCCAAGCUCUUCUCUGGAUCUACCGAUAACCUGUCCAUCUCGUCGACGGCAUCGUCUGCUUCGAUUAUGAUUCGUAAGAUGGGCCGUGGCAUGAAGAAGGGUGGACGGUCACUGGUCGGGUUGUUCAGGCCCAAGUCAGUUAUUGGUGUUCCGCCUGCAGAUGCACCUGUGCCAGAAGUCAGCCAGGCAACCGUCUCAAUGAUCACCGUGGAGGCCGAACGGGAGCUUGUCAACGUUAAUGCCGAUCCGCACUCCCAGAAUGGCGGAGGCACGGGCUUUCCUCGCCUGGAGCGGAAUUCCAUCGAUGCAUCGAAGGCACCGAGCCUGGGUUCCGAGCGGCUGGGUAGUUCGGGAACUGAUAAUUCAGGUGCACGGAAGAGUAUUGUGGGUGGUGAGAAGGAGCGUGCAGAGGUUCUCGCUGCAGUACGCAAAGGCAUCCUCAAGAAUACCAGCGGGUCCUCGAGCCCGUCGGUCCGACCCGUUGACAGCCGGAACCCGACCUUUGAUCUUCCUGCCGUUCCUCAUAUCACUGAUUCCCCUCUGUCCAGUGCGCCCAGCACUCCCACCGAGGAGGCCCAGGGUCACAAACGUACGGGCUCUGUGGCUAUUGGUAGUGAAGACUACUUCAUGACAGCUCUGCGGCUGCGGCAGGACACCAAGAGCGCCCCGACCACGCCUCAGGGCACUGUCCGGCGCAACGCCACAUUCAGCCCGCGUAUUGUCUUCCACGACACCUGGCCCCCUCAGGAAUACGACCGUCGCGGUGAAAUUGCAACCUGCAAUAGGUUGACGCCCAUGCUGGCUCAGCAGAUCAAGGAGGAGCUGAACACAUUCAAGAUGGAGAUGGAAGUUCACGAAAACUCUAAGAUCUACACGCAUUUCUUCUGA